AGGUACUUGUCCUGUCACAGGCGCUGGGAGGUGAGGAGGGGGCUGGGAUGAUCCCCCCCCACCGCAUAUUGGUGGCCGGUGGUGGGGCCUCCACUAGCCCCCCCAUGGAGGAGGUUGCCCCUUGCUCCGCUGCUCCUCGGGGUUUCUGCGGUGGGAACUGGGGUCUGUGUGGGAGCAGAGCCCCCCGCCCCGUGCUCUGGAGCCCCCAGACUCGGGUGCUCUGCGGCCUCCUCGUGGGGCGGUAGCCAGGGCCAGCUGCCUCCAGCCGUCUGUGGCCGUGGCCACUGUCUGGAGGGAGUCCAGGAGCCCGCGUCGGCCAACACGCGAGGGCUUGGCCCUCGGAGGAGAGCGUCCGGGAGCGAGGGCUGAGCUCAGCAGCCCCCCGCUCGCCAUCGGGAGGAGCUGGACCAGUGGGUCAACUGCGGCGAUGUUCUACAGCCCUGCCCUCGCCGUCAGGGGCUCCCCAACCUUCAGGGUCUCCCCAACCUUCGGACUCUUUGGAUCAGGGUGUCCCGUGGAGCCACCGUGUGCCGUGUGGGCUGGACACACCUUUACGACUUGGUUCUGGUGACGGGCAGAGGGGCCCGAGUCGGGAUUUUUUGGCCCCGGCCUUUUGCGUAGUGCCUGCCUGACCCUCCCCGGGAGGCCAGGCCGCGGCGGGGGAAGAUCUGCCCACCCUCAGCCAGCACCCCGGGGGCUUCGGGGCUCGAGGACAACCCCGACACAUCGCUGCUGAUGGUGAUGGCGGUUGCGUAAGCGCAGGCUCUGGCACCAGCAGCGCUUGAGCCGAGGGGGAUGUAGCCCAGAUUUACUCGUUAGCUGCGUUCGUUAGCAGCAGCACAGAGGAAGAAGCUGAAUCUUCUGCCGUUUGUUGGAAAAAUUCGAAGCUGGUCGCUCGCUGAAGUGCUGGUGGCGUGAGGACGGGCCCAGGCUGAGCCCGGCCGCGUCCUCGGGGGAAGCUCCGUCAGCACGAGCUGAACCGCUGAACUCACGGUGGCCAAGCGGCCAAUCCCUUCUGUCCCCACCGAGGUGGAAAUUAUUUAAUCUCGUUUCUAGGCUCAUCCAUUCUACCCGAAUUCCUGCCCCGGGAUAACACCUGGGUUUGAGGGACCACGGGCUGGGAGUGACAUGCGCCAGGCCAGGUGUUGAGUGGGCAGAGGUGUCGCCGGAUCAGAGCACUUUUCUGGCUCCUCACUUAAUUCUACAGCAAUUAUUGAGCAUGAGCUUAAUUAUUUCCCCCCUUGGAGGGGGAUUUACGUGCUCUGCUGCGUCUGGCCUUGACCACGCCGGACCCUUCCCAAGCAGUGCCAAACCUAAAGCAAAGCCCUUCUGUCGCUCCGGGGGGGGCUGCGGGGGGUCCCUGUCCUGCUGGCCGUCCCUGAGGAGGGACGCGGUGACCCGCCAGCAGCUCCGGGGGCCGGCAGCGGCGAGCGGGGGGCAGAGCGGCCCCGCCUUGGCACCCGUCGCCUCUCCAUGCGAACCGCGGCCCAAUGGAUGCGAUCGCCAGCGCCGGCCUCAAGAGGAAGUUUGAGGAUGCGGACGUGGGCUCGCCCGGCUCCAACUCGGACGACGAGAUCUCCAACAGCGACAGCGCUGACAGCUGCGACAGCGUCAACCCCUCCAGCUCCACCGGCUUCAUACCCACCUCCAUCCUGAAGCGGCAGAAGCAGCUUCGCAGGAAGAGCGUCCGCUUCGACCAAGUCACCGUCUACUACUUCGCCCGGCGCCAGGGAUUCACCAGCGUCCCCAGCCAGGGCGGCAGCUCCCUGGGCAUGGCACAGCGCCACAACUCCGUCCGCCGCUACACGCUCUGCGAGUUCGCCCAGGAGCAGGAGGUGAAUCACCGGGAGAUCCUGCGGGAGCACCUCAAGGAGGAGAAACUCCACGCCAAGAAAAUGAAGCUCACCAAGAACGGCACGGUGGAGUCAGAGGAGGCGGACGGCCUGACGCUGGAGGACGUCUCGGACGACGACAUCGACGUGGAGAACGUGGAAGUGGACGACUACUUCUUCCUGCAGCCACUGCCCACCAAACGGCGCCGGGCUCUGCUGCGAGCCUCCGGCGUUCACCGCAUCGACGCCGAGGAGAAGCAGGAGCUGCGGGCCAUCCGCCUGUCCCGGGAGGAGUGCGGCUGCGACUGCCGCCUCUACUGCGACCCCGAGGCCUGCGCCUGCAGCCAGGCGGGG